CAUAAAUUGGAGCAUUGCUCAACCGAAACAAGCUAACACCUAUUACCAAGUUUCUUUGUUCUUGCUUCUAUUUCUACUACUACUACUACCAUGGAGUACUCUAAUUCUAGCAACACGGAGCAGCCUCAAACCUGCCUUGAAAUAACCAUGGAGGUUCACAGAGUUGUCCCACCACCCCAUAAGAGCACCAUUCAUAAGCUUAAAACCACGCUCAAAGAAACUUUCUUCCCUGAUGAUCCUCUGCGCCAAUUCAAAGGACAACCUACCGGGAAGAAAUGGAUUCUUGCAGCUCAAUACAUCUUCCCUAUUCUCCAAUGGGGUCCUCAUUAUAGUCUCGGUCUCUUCAAAUCUGAUAUUGUUGCCGGACUUACCAUUGCUAGCUUAGCCAUCCCCCAGGGAAUCAGUUAUGCUAAGCUUGCUAAUCUACCACCAAUUGUUGGCCUCUAUUCCAGCUUUGUGCCUCCUCUUGUAUAUGCUGUACUUGGAAGCUCCAGGGACCUUGCAGUAGGGCCUGUUUCCAUUGCUUCACUUAUACUUGGAUCCAUGCUUAGACAAGAAGUAUCCCCUGUCAGUGAUCCUGUCUUGUUUCUUCAACUAGCUUUUACUACAACUUUCUUUGCUGGUCUUUUCCAAGCUUCUUUGGGAUUUUUAAGGCUCGGAUUUAUCAUUGAUUUCCUCUCGAAGGCAACACUUAUCGGUUUCAUGGCAGGGGCUGCUAUAAUAGUUUCUUUACAACAACUGAAAAGCCUUCUUGGAAUCACUCAUUUUACUACAAAAAUGGGUUUGGUACCUGUUUUGAGCUCUGUUUUCCACAACACAGAGGAGUGGUCUUGGCAAACAAUACUGAUGGGGUUUUGCUUCCUGGUGUUCCUGCUAGUGGCUAGACAUGUUAGCAUGAAAAGACCAAAGCUGUUUUGGGUCUCAGCUGGUGCUCCUCUUGUUUCAGUCAUCCUCUCUACGCUUCUGGUUUUUGCAUUCAAAGCUCAGCACCAUGGCAUCAGUAUAAUUGGAAAAUUGCAAGAAGGAUUAAAUCCUCCUUCAUGGAAUAUGCUGCAAUUUCGUGGAAGCCACCUUGGACUGUCAAUAAAAACUGGCCUUGUUACUGGCAUUAUUUCCCUCACUGAAGGCAUUGCAGUAGGAAGGACUUUUGCUGCUCUUAAGAAUUACAAAGUGGAUGGUAACAAGGAAAUGAUGGCAAUUGGGCUGAUGAACAUGGUUGGCUCCUCCACUUCUUGCUACAUUACAACUGGUGCCUUCUCUCGAUCAGCGGUUAAUCACAAUGCAGGAGCGAAAAGUGCAGUGUCUAACAUAGUAAUGUCGAUUACGGUUAUGGUGACCCUUCUCUUCCUCAUGCCUUUAUUCCAGUACACCCCAAACGUGGUGUUGGGAGCUAUCAUUGUGUCAGCUGUAGUUGGCCUUAUAGACAUUCCAGCAGCCUGUCAAAUUUGGAAGAUCGACAAAUUUGAUUUCAUUGUGAUGUUGUGUGCUUUCUUCGGGGUUAUUUUCAUCUCGGUCCAAGAUGGUCUUGCCAUGGCAGUUGGGAUGUCUAUUUUCAAGAUCCUCCUGCAAAUUACUAGGCCAAAGACAGUGAUGUUGGGGAACAUUCCCGGGACAGAUAUUUUCCGGGAUCUUCACCAUUACAAAGAAUCGAUGAAGAUCCCGGGUUUCCUUAUCCUAAGCAUUGAAGCUCCUAUCAACUUCGCUAACUCCACAUAUCUGAAUGAGAGGAUCUUGAGAUGGAUUGAAGAAUAUGAAGCCGAAGAUCAUAAGAAGCAGUCAAGCCUUCAAUUUGUGGUUUUAGUGAUGUCAGCGGUGAGUGCCAUAGACACGAGUGGCGUAUCAAUCUUUAAAGAACUGAAGAAAACAGUGGAAAAGAAAGGAGCUGAGCUUGUGUUGGUGAAUCCUUUGGGAGAGGUGAUGGAAAAAUUGCAAAAAUCAGAUGAAGCAGGGGAUUUCAUGAGACCAGAUUGCUUGUUCUUGACAGUAGGGGAAGCUGUUGCGACGCUUACAGCAACAAUCAAAAGCCAGGUCUCCAAUCAUGUAGUAUGAACAAAACCAAAAAUGUAACUCCACAAAAGCUAUCAUGUUCUGGUGUUUUACAAUGAGAAUAUCAAAAGUAUUUCAUAAUAUUAAAAAAUAUAUAUUUAUCAA